AUGCCUGCCUGGGCUUUCGGCUGCACGCUCGGCUUGCUUGCUCUGCCUUUCAGCCUUGGACAGACUGCUCAGACAGCGUCGUCCGAUAAUAAUGCUUCGGAUCCACACUGGUCGGCAGACUGGUCAGGCCAGCUGAGAGGCCAAUCCACAACACCCUCAGAAGGGGCAGCGUACGGUCUCUGUCAACAGGCGUAUGCUCUCUACAGCAAUGUUUUCGCCGACACAUCGAUCCACGAGCUCAACCAGACCGCGCAAGCUCUCGGCUGUACCUCUGCCGGACUGCUCACCUGGGGCACGAGCUUUGAUUGGGAACGCGAUCUCACGACGCUCAAAUCUCACGCCAAUGCGGCGACCAACCAGCAAGCUGCUCAAAUAUCGAGCCUCGCUUCCAUGCCCGCCAUCUACCAUUACAAUCAGACAGGUGGCGACAUCAAUUCGAACAACCUCCUCUCGGCAUGGAUCGGCACUUCAGCAAGCUCACAGCAGAACGACACGUCGAGCAAAUACGUGCUGAAUAUCGUCCUGUCAUCCUCGGGAAACACCCUGCCUGCCGGCAAUCGUUCUGCUCUCUUGAGCUCUCUCGGCACGUCCUGGAACGUCUACGAAGCGGCCGAUGACAAGUUGACAACCGUCACACUCGUCAGCGAGCGCGUCAUGGUCGACGUGAGCGCAGACUUUUAUGAGCUUUUCAACGCGACGGUAACUGCGCUCAACAUACCGUCGUCGCUGUAUCUUGCGUCAUUCGGUGGCGGUGUGGAGCUAUACAGCGGCUCGGGCAGCUACAACGUGUCAAGCUUUGGUGCAGGCUACUACACCGGCCCGGCAGCAAGCUGCGCCCAAGUUGAUGCCUCGCUCAAGAGCGCCAGUCGACUUUGCGGCUCGCAGGACGACUCUUCCGGUGCAAUCUCGCACAGACUGGGCCUCCCUCUGUUGCUCGCCUUCUCGACCGCUAUCUUUGCUGCUCUGUCGAUCUAG